GAUCAAAGACUCUAUUACAAAUACAUCGCUUAUGACGAAACCUAUGGAGCAAAGCGCACUCUUACAGAAGAAAUCGUUAUGAACGAGACCUUGGAACCUGGAAAGACUCACCGUUUGAGACUCAACCGAUAUCAAGAUGUUCUUCGUUUGAGCCUGGGUACCCAACAACAGUUUAAAAGGAUUGUUUCAGGAAAGGCCCCAUUAAUUCCGGAGAAUGGAGUAAUUUACAUUGGCGGGUCAGAUAAUGCGGCUAUUUCAACAAAUGGUGAGGUUGAAAGAAACUUUGAUGGCAGUGUAACAGCUGCAAAAAUUACUCAAGAGGGGUCUGGUAUCACAAACCUGGAUAUGUUGGAGUUGAUUCGUGAUCCUAAUUGGAAUCGAAACAUUCUUCGAAAUGGUGGUGUUGAAUAUGAAUACCAUAUGCCUUAUCGUCCACCAAAAUUGUCAAUUAUCGAUCCAAACGGGCCACUGAUGCCAACGGCUUCAACUCGUGGACACGCUGGAAUAACCCUCCACACCUCCCCGAUUCCUGUGACAUUCAUGGGUACCCAAUCAUCUGUUGUGCGCUUCGACACGUGGGAUUUCUCUGUUUUUCAUUCCUUCGAAAUGGAAUUCAGAACUUUUGAACCUAAUGGAGUUCUCUUCUUUGUGGGUCCUGAUCGAGAACACACAGACUUCGUCUGCGUUGAAAUUUUUGAUGGAAAUGUGUACUUCGCAUAUGGUAUCGGUGAUCAUUAUAGACACAUUCAGCUGAACCCAAUAACCCGCAAAGUAAAUACAGGAACAGCCCACCGUGUCUAUGUUGAAAGGACUCCUCAGCAUCGUUUUAUUGUGAAAUAUAACGGUCGGGAGAUAGAUGUUAAUCAAGGAACUUCGCGUCAUCAAGCUGAAUUUUCCAGCUACACGUACUUUGGAAGCAUCGACCAGCCCUCUCGAUUUCCAUGGAUUGUCUGGUCUAGGGAGAAUUUUGCUGGUUGUAUAAACUUUAUCCGUGUUAAUGAUGACAAAUUUCUGGAUCCUGCUUCUCGAAUGAAUCAACACACGGACCUUAGUCGCGGUAUUCAAUUCGGUGUCUGCAAAGCCCCAGACCUACGUUGUAAUAGGGAAAUUUGUGGUGGAGGUCAGUGCCACGAACGUUCUUAUCCAUUUUUUGAACCAAUGAACUUUGCUUGUGAUUGUUCUGCAUCGGACAAGACAUUCAGAGAAGGCGUUGAAGACAUUCGCCGUUCAGAGUCCUGUAAUCGUGAUGCUCCAAUUGUUGAAUUCGAUGGCGAGAAGGUGUUAAUGAUAGAUUUUGAAAGACAAAUGAAUACGCUCACAACGCACACGGACGAUAUCAAUCUCCAGUUUAAGACCAUGAGCCUAUACGGUCCUUUAUUCGUAGCUGUCUCUACAGCCGAAAAGCAAUACUUCCGUGUGGAACUGGAGAACGGUCUCAUUAAAGUGACUACCAAUAUGAAUAAGGCUAGCAAUCCUCCACGUGAUUCCGAAUUUGUUCUUCAAAGUCCAUUGCUUAACGAUAACAACUGGCAUACUCUUAGAAUUCGACGUCGUGCUCAGUUCCUAUACAUUAGCGUAGAUAACACCAGUGAAAAAGACGAUUCCCUGAUUGUUGAAAUUCCAAAAGGUGUAUUUAACAACAUAGCCCAACAAAUCUAUGUUGGUGGCAUGAUGCCAGACAACUACGCGUCUCCACCUGACGGCAAUAGGGCUGGAUUCCUCCCAAGGGGACCCAAAUUCGUAGGUGAAAUGAGAAACUUCUACUGGAACCAGUACGACUUCUUUGGAACACGCCAACUAUCUAAUCAAUAUACAACUGACGUCUUAACACCACGUUUGGAGCUUCCAACAUUCCCAAGUUGGCCCAGAGAGCCUACUUAUUCAAUCACUUGCACAUCUAAACUCAACUGGGGUACCAUCCAGGUUCCUAUGAAAGCAAAAGAAGCGGGUGAUAUGUGGCUCUUAGAGUUUAAGACGAAAUAUGAUGGUGUGUUAACUCACGCACGAGAUGAUACCACAGGGUCCCAUUUCACAUUAAUAAUCCUCAAGGGUCGUCUACACUUAAUCUACUCAAUUGGAGGAGUUGCAGGUGUUCACGAGAUAAUUAACAGUCCAAACACUGUCACCGACAAUAUUUGGCACCGUGUCACUUUUGGCCUUGAUCGUGUUAAGGGCCGCUUUGUCGUAAUCGUUGAUGAUUCGGGUCCAGAGUAUUGUCUUCCAGAUUCUUACUUUUGUAUCAAGUCCAAUAACAAACUUUUCUUCCAGACCUUUGGACAUCGACUUCAACACAACACUCUUAAUACCUUGAUCUUCCAUUUUGGAGGUGUUCCGGGUACUUGGAGCAAGAUUUUGGAGAUCAUCAGACUAUAUGCACCCACAUUGUUGUCCCGUGGACAUGAGUUAAGUCCACCGGCUUUGACGGGAUGUCUAGGGGGCUUCAGUACAAGAACUGAUCGAUUCUUAGUCGACUUAUUGAAGAAGUACGACGCUAAUCUGGAAAGCUAUCCUCCUGAUGAAAUUAUACGUGGAUACUGCCGAGAUAUAGUCAGAUGUACUCCAGACUACUGUUCCAAUGGUGGAAUUUGCGUCAAAACCAGUGACACCAAUCUUCUUUGCAACUGUACGAAUACUGGUUACUCAGGCCCCAGAUGUGAAGAUCGUGUGACUAUCUGUCCUCCAAACUUUUGUCUAAAUGGAGGUUAUUGCAGUAUUAUUGGCUCAAAUCCAGUAUGCAAUUGUCAAGGCACCGGUUAUUAUGGCGAUAAAUGUGAAUUUUCUGUCUGUUCUCCUGACUACUGUAAAAAUGGUGGUAUAUGCACAGUUAUAAAUGGUCAACCCGUUUGUGAUUGCAGUAAUACUCCAUUUGGUGGAGCAAGGUGUGAUGCGAUCAUAUGUCGCCCUGAUUAUUGCCGAAAUGGAGGUGUCUGUCUUGUCCAAAAUGGACGUCCAGUCUGUGACUGUUCUGGAACUGGUUACAGUGGCCUCUACUGCGAUCAACCAAUAUGCUCACCGAAUUACUGUAGAAAUGGUGGAAUGUGUAUCAUUCAAGGUGGGCAGCCUGUUUGCGAUUGUUCUUCGACAGGACACUCAGGUCGUUUCUGUGAAGUUCCUGUCUGUAGACCUGAUUACUGUCGCAAUGGUGGCCAUUGCAUGGUUCAGAAUGAUCGUCCUGUCUGUGACUGUCGUGGUACUGGCUAUGAAGGUCCAUAUUGCGAAAACGCCAUUUGCCGACCAGGAUAUUGCAGGAAUGGUGGAAUUUGUUCUAUCGCAAGCGGACGUCCAGUUUGUGAUUGCUCCAAUACUGGGUAUGGGGGCCAAUUCUGUGAACAGCCAAUUUGUAGACCUGGUUUCUGUCUCAAUGGAGGUAGAUGCAUUGUUCAGAAUGGUCAGCCGAUAUGUGAUUGUCGUGACACGGGUCACGUUGGAUCACACUGCGAACAGGGAAUCUGUCGUCGAGACUACUGCAUGAAUGGCGGAAUCUGUUCCGUUGUUAAUGGACAGCCAGUUUGUGAUUGCAGUGCUACUGGUUAUGAAGGUCCGCUUUGCGAGCAACCUAUUUGUCCCGAUGGCUAUUGCCUCAACGGAGGGCGUUGUGUUGUUCAGAAUGGUCGUCCUUACUGUGAUUGCACAGGAACAGACUACCGUGGAGACCGUUGUACGCAGCCAAUCUGCCUUCCCAACUUCUGCCUUAAUGGAGGCAAUUGUUAUGUUUAUGAGGGAAGUCCUCACUGCAAUUGUACCGCUAAUUUCCGCGGAGAUAGGUGUCAAUCUCCAGUUUGCCCUUCUGAUUAUUGUAGUAAUAAUGGUAGGUGUUAUAUGUCAGGUUCGACGCCUGUGUGUGAUUGUACGGGAACGGGCCACACUGGUGACCGAUGCACAAACCCAAUUUGUCCCGAUGGAUAUUGCCAAAAUGGUGGUAUCUGUCACGUUCUUCCUAGUGGUAAACCAUUUUGUGAUUGUUCGCACACGUCUAAUACCGGAGCUCAGUGCGAGAAUCCUAUUUGCCAGCCAAAUUACUGUUCUGGACGAGGAACAUGCAGAGUUGAACAAGGACGUCCAGUCUGCGAAUGUCAACUAGAUUAUUGGGGAUCACAGUGCCAAUUGCAAGUCUGUCCGCCUGGAUUCUGUCAGCACGGUGGAACUUGCUAUGCAGGUACUGAUCGUAAACCACACUGCCGUUGCCCCGAAGGCUACGAGGGUGAUCAAUGCGAAAUUCCAAAAACCUGUCCUCACGGCUAUUGUUAUCACGGUGGGGAAUGCACAAUGUUGGGGGGUAUGCCUGUAUGCAACUGUAUCAACACCGAUUAUCAGGGUCCUCGUUGUCAGACGCCGAAAACCUGUCCUCCUGGAUAUUGCCAAAAUGGUGGAUUGUGCACUGUUAGCGGGGGUCGGUAUUUAUGCAAUUGUUUGGGAACGGGAUUCCAAGGACCAACUUGUUCUGAUCCGGUCGCUUGUCCUACUGGCUACUGUCAUGGCGGAAUUUGCACAGUUCUCCCAGGCGGGCGAUAUCUUUGCAAUUGCUGGAAAACGGGUCGUAGUGGACCCACUUGUGAUGGUGAUGUGAAUGGCAUUUACAUUGAUUACGAAAAGGUCGGCUACAUGGUGUACGAUCUAAAUCCUCCCUUCAAAACAACUGAAGACAAUGUCACAGUUGGAUUUAAGACAUACUCACAAUCGGGAACGAUUCUCGACUUUGUUUCAACAACUGGGACUCAUUGGAGCAUUAAGAUCCGCAACGGUCAUAUUGUGGUGGAUAGGAACGGUCAGGAAUACAUGUACCCGAACGCUGUCAACGAUGGAGCAUACCACAUUGUUAGCGUUGAACGUAGAGGUGAUCGCAUGCUCGUCGCUCUUGAUAGUGAUCAAAUUGUCAAUCUGCCAAUGACAGGUAUAACUGAUAGAAAUGAUCAAAGUAUCACAUACACAACUCUGUAUGUCGGAGCUAACAAGGAUAGAGAAGACAUUUUCCGUGGCGCUAUCGGCGGUCUCUAUUGGAACGGUCGAUAUCCCAUUGAUGAAGCUAAAGGAGGUCUCCAGGUUAUAACCGGAGAAGUCGUUUACGUACUUCUACCAAGUUUCAUUCUACCUGGGAAGAAACCAGUACCUCAAUGCCUACCUGAUUUCUGCUUCAACGGUGGAAUCUGCUUUGUUGAGGAUUACGAACUCAAAUGUGACUGCCGUCUAACUGGUUGGCAGGGCUCAAGAUGCGAAUUGCCAACCCGUGGUGUUCUGCCUGCGGUUACUGGUAACGGUGCAUACGUCAUCUUGUCGAUUUCACCUCCAAAACGCACAAAUGUGGACAGAAUGAGAGUGGCUUUCCAAACAUUUGCCACGGAUGGACCAAUUGCACGAUUCAUGUCAUCAGAUGGUGGAUUCUACGAUGUUUAUAUGAAGGGACAACAAGUAUUUGCUUCGAACAGAAAAGACGACAUCCGUUUGAUAAGCGCCCCUUAUCAACAAUGCGAUGACGGAAAAAUGCACGUAAUCACAUUGGUUCGCAACGGAUCACGAUGGGAUUGGUCUGUGGAUGGCCAUCAUACCACCUACUAUGAUAACUACCUCCUUGAUAACCGUGGAUCUCUGAUCACCAAAGAGAUAAUUCUCGGAGCUGAUCGCAACUUCAGGCAUUCUUUCAACGGUGUAAUUGGUGCAUUUGAUUGGAACGGUCAGUACUUGGUGACAGAAAGCGGUGAAUUAUCAGGAAACUCUGCUGUGAUGAUUGUUCCCGGUCGAAGCGUAGGGGACAAAGACGACGUCGUGAUUGUGGUGAUGCCGCAUCUACUAGUGCCACCCGUGGCAACAACCCAACCUCCACCCCUUCCAUUUCCUCCAGUCAUUCCUGUCGAUGGCAUUCACGGAGGAGCCAUUGUUGGCUCUGGUGACGGCAACCUCGUGGUACCUCCCAUUGGAUAUGGUGGAGGUUCGGAUGGCGUUUUCGCUGGUUCUGGGCCUCUCCUACUCCAAGCAGGAGGUGCCGGCGUGCUUGGCCUGAUCAAUCCCUGGUUGGCUGGCCUUCUAAUCUGCCUGCUUCCACUCAUCUCUGCCCUUAUUUGGGCCUGUUGGCGAUGUAAACCCGGUUGCUGUCCAUGCUGCGUUGGUGGCGCAGGCUUGGGCAAAGGCGCUGGCGGUAAGUUCCACGACACGAUGGACCGCAUUUCUGCUGGACUCUGGGCGGCUCCACCAGUCGAUAAGGACCUUCUUGUGAGUUCAAAACCGCUUUUAGGUUCAAAUGGAAGCGCUGGAAACUUUGUCCCCUUUCCUCCUGGAGGUGCUUCCUUCUUUACAACUGGCGGACAAACCAAAUCUGAUUACGUUUUUGGCCAGGAUAGACAGGUCGACAUCACUGAUAGAUUUGACAUGACAAUGAUGGACCAACAUUUAGAGGCCGUGCCCAACGUUUACACCACUGACGAUCUCAAAGUAGACUGCUGCGUAUUGACUCAAAAUAGUCGAUACGUUGUCACUGGUAAUGCCAAUGGGCCUCCUCAAGUUUGGGACAUGCAGACUGGUGAGCCAUUCAAGGUGAUGAGUGGUGAUGAGCUAGGCUGUAGUGACCUCCACCUUGCUGCUCAAGAUACUCUUCUCGUUGGCCAAGUCAUUGAGGACUACCAAGAUACCACUAAAAUGCAUCGUCUGCAAUUAUGGAACUUUGUGACAGGAGACCAGCUUGAGAUGCCGGCUGAGAUUCUAUGCUCUGCAAGCUGUGUCUCGAAUGCUGGAGAACACAUUGUAGCCGCCAGGUCGACCUCGCGUGGUCAAUCAAUUCUUGUGUGGGAUUUGAUAGGGAAUCAGCUGACAAGAGAAAUUCCUUAUGCACCAAUUAAUCCAAAUGCUCGUGUCACCUACAUAAGUAUUACACCUGAAGACAGACUCGUUGUGGCUGGUUUCAACAAUCCUGGAACCGAUCAAGCCUGCUUCAUGGUAUUCGACCUUGCAGCUGAAGCUCGGGGUGUCGUGCAACCUAAAUAUAUAACGUUUGAAGCCAAAGCAGAGGCUACCGAAAUCCUAAAUAAUGAAGAAGCCGUGACCGGAACGCGAAAGGGAGAGCUCAUCGUUUGGAACCUGCUGACAACAACUCCAGUUCGACAGAUCACAAUCAACGCUACUCUUGAGGGUGAUAGUGCUGUUACGACCUUCCCACCACAUGAUGGAGUAAUUCAUGAUAUUGUAUUAUCUGAAGAUCGUCGGUUCCUUGUCACAGCUUCGCAAGAUCGCCGAAUUCGUGUCUGGACAAUGCCUGAAGAGCGCCUUCUUCAUACUCUUGAAGGACAUGCUGAUGAUGUUCUGAGUGUUGCCGUAUCGUGUGACAGUGAAAUGGUUGUGUCAGGCAGUUGGGAUGGUUCGAUCAGAGUCUGGCGAAUGAAAGACGGGUCACAAAUGUGUAUCUUCACGUCCAACAUCGAAGUCCUUCAAGUUAAACUCUCUCAUGACAAGCGCGCUAUUGUCGGUAUAGGAGAACGUAACGGACAUCGCAAACUCAUCAUGAUGCAGAUUGUCCGAUCUCGAACAUGCGCCCCGGCAGUCUACACUCGUGUUGGAGGAGGUGCAAGCGGAGGGCUUUCUCCCGCAUCCCCUCAAAUGCCCCUUCCCGAAGAUCCUCUUCUCUAA